AUGACAGCUGCAAUCCGCAAAUUGCGGAAUAACCCUCGAUUCCUCUUCGUGCGCCUUCCGCAUCUUCUCUCCUUUCUCUGCAUCGUCGCCGGCGUCGCCUGGCUUCUACUCCUGCCCCUCAAUGAUUACUCCCGCCGAACCUACAUCUCCGAGAACGCGCUUCUCCCCGGUCAAGUCCAUGCCUAUUUCUCGGGCAGUGAGCAGCACAUCUUUCGCGGAUACAAGAAGGAACUAGAAGGACUACUUCCGGAGGGCUAUCAGGGGGAGGGACAAGACAAGCCGGAUGUUGAAUUGACACCUGCGAUAUCCGAUAAGAUCCAGUCGAUCCUACGAGCUGCUGGACUGAAAGCCGCGACACAGAAUUACGAAUACACCUCCUCGGGGAUUACGCACCAGGGACAGAAUGCCUAUGCGAUCAUCCAUGCGCCGCGGGGCGAUGCGACAGAGGCAAUUGUUCUCGUGGCGGCCUGGAAAACUGCCGACGGAGAGUUGAACCUCAACGGUGUGACGUUGGCGCUGACACUGGCACGAUACUUUAAACGAUGGUCUUUGUGGUCGAAGGAUAUUAUUUUCGUGAUCACGCCUGAUAGUAAAACGGGGACGCAGGCCUGGAUUGACGCCUAUCAUGAUAUGCAACCGCCGUCGGUGCAGCCUCUGCCUCUCAAGAGCGGAGCGUUGCAAGGAGGCCUGGUGGUUGAAUAUCCCUUCGAUCACCGCUUCGAGUCGCUGCAUAUUGUCUACGAUGGAGUCAACGGCCAAUUGCCCAACUUGGACCUGUUUAAUACCGCGGUGUCAAUUGCCGGAGGCCAGAUGGGAAUCGGAUCCAGCUUGCAGGAGAUGUGGAACCACAAUGAUAGCUACGAGAAACGUCUCGAGACCAUCAUGCGAGGCAUGGUCAAGCAAGGAUUCGGAUACGCCACGGGCGCCCAUAGCAGCUUUAUGCCAUACCAUAUCGAUGCGAUUACCCUGCAGACUAAAGGUGACGGCUGGCAGGAUGAAAUGGCGCUAGGUCGAACCGUGGAGAGUCUCUGUCGCAGCUUGAAUAAUUUGUUGGAGCACUUGCAUCAGAGUUUCUUCUUCUACCUGCUGAUGCACACCAAUAGAUUUGUCAGCAUUGGUACAUAUCUCCCCAGUGCGAUGCUUGUUGCCGGCAACUUUACCAUCAUGGCGAUCACCUUGUGGCUGCGGACUGGAUACUAUCGGGAUUCUGAGGAGGCAUCCUCUAGGACCACCACUUCCCAGGAUGAGAAAUCUACGAUCAAGUCGGCCAAGUCUCACAAUGCAGACGGCCCAGCCCCGGAGAAGAAGCCUGGAUCCAACGGCACCAUCGAGCGCCACCUCGCUCUACCACUGACGUUCGUUGUCAGCCUUCACCUGCUCGGCCUGGCUCCCCUGUACAUCUUCAACAACCUCUCCUACAAGUACUUCACCACGGCAACCUACAUCUGUAUCGCCGCCGACCUCAUCCUCCCUCUCCUCCUCGCCACGCUCCUCACGCAAAGCGCCCAAUCUUCCACCCCCCAGCAACACCAUCUCAUCAAAUCCUUCUCUCUCCUCCUCCUCGGCCUCUUCCUCUCCACCCUCGCCACCCUCAACUUCUCCCUCUCCUUCAUGGUCGGCCUCCUCUGCACCCCGCUCAGCUUCAUCACCCGCAUCAGUCCCCGCCUCAACGCACCCCUCCGCUACGCCCUCUCCUCAUUCGGUCUCCUCGCCCUCAAUGCCCUGUCUCCCCCCGUCGUGGUCCUCGCGGCCUGCUGGUACACUGAGGUCUCGGUCGAGACGGUCUUGACGCAGGCGGCUUUCGGAUGGGACGUUUGGGGCAUGUGGACGCAGGUGGUCGUUUGGUGUGUUUGGUGGCCUGCUUGGGUGAUUGGGUGUGCGUUGUUGGGUUCUUCGUUUUUUUCGAUUUAA